AUGACGCAAACAAACAAAGCCUGCUCGACGCUUGGCUCGGGUCGGUCGGGAGAGAAAGGAGGCCGGGGUGAAGGACGAGAGGGGAGGGGUGGGGGUAUCCUUUUUGAGUUGUCGAGGUAUCGUUCUGUCGUCAUGGAAGAAUAUACCGAUGGUCGUUGGGUCGAAUUACACCGAUGCGCAGGGGGGUGUAGGAAUGUAUUGCAAGAGCUGGAAGAGAAAAUUAAUAUUCUCUUUUACUUUGCUCAUAUUCUCGCUCUCUCUCUCUCUCUCUCUCAUCUGCACUCUUUUGCACCUUCUACCUUUCUGCUCCCCCCCCCUCCUCCUCCACAUGCACAACGUCGUCAUCGCGUCGACCGAGCUGGCUCAUCUUUGCAAGCGUUUCGUCAAGUUGUCCAGACCUGCUGCGGCUUGUCCGGAGUGGGAAAGUCGUCCGGAUCCGCUGAAAGAGGUACACCGCCUCGCCGUCGGCCAACUGUGCCAAUGUUGGAAGCAACCGAUUCGCACUUCAAGUUGACCCAAUUGCUUUAUCUCUCUCUCUCUCUUUCUCUCUCACACACACACACACACAUACAGGCCGUGUGGACAGCAGACCAUCUUGUGCCCUUUUCCCGGCCCCACUUCAUUUAA